UAUUACACAUACUACAUGUAUAAAUAUUUUUAAUGUUAAUAUGGUUAAACAUAUGCGGUCUAAUGCUGUUCCAUUAUCUUCAGAAGAUUAUAAGUUUAUUAUACAAUACCAUGAUGCAAAACUCAAAACUGAUAUUUUAAAGAAGUUAAGGAAAAGAUAUCCUAUGACAAAUAACUGUUUUUAUAAAAUUUGGAGAGGGCAAGAAGUUUGUAUGAUUGAAUGGCACCAACCGAUACCGGAUACAAUGGUAGUUUCAAAUCAAAAUUUAUCUAUACUUGAAUCGUGCUCAUCAAUGGAAUCAACACAGUCAAAUAUCGAUCAAGGCACUUCCACUGAUAAAGACGACAUGAAGCGAGAACGCAAAGGAAUGGAAGAAGCCUUACGCGAAUCAGAAAGUGAUUAA